AUGAUGCAGUGUGACAUGUAUCUCAAGCACUGUCUAUCCUUCAGCAUGAUGCAGUGUGACAUGUAUCUCAAGCACUGUCUAUCCUUUAGCAUGAUGCAGUGUGACAUGUAUCUCAAGCACUGUCUAUCCUUCAGCAUGAUGCAGUGUGACAUGUAUCUCAAGCACUGUCUAUCCUUCAGCAUGAUGCAGUGUGACAUGUAUCUCAAGCACUGUCUAUCCUUCAGCAUGAUGCAGUGUGACAUGUAUCUCAAGCACUCUCCUUAG